AUGGGCAAGAAAAACAAGAAGUCUGCCGAACACAAGGACCGGGUUGCGGCGAAGCAAUCCAAGAAGACCGCGCAGAAGGAAAAGAAGUCGAAAGCCAAGGGCCGCGAUGCAGACAGCGACGCCGAGGACGCGGACCUGGACGCGAUCCUCGCCCAGUACGCCGAGGAACAGGCCAAGUUUCUGAAAGUCACCGAGGUUGUGUCGGAACCUCCCGUGGCCCGGUCCUCUGCCACGGUGCUUGCGUCUCCGUCCAACCGGAACGAGCUGCUGCUUUUUGGCGGCGAGUACUAUGACGGCACACAUGCGACAUUUUUCAACAACCUGUUUAUAUACAACCUUGAUCGUGACGAAUGGAAAGAGGUUACGAGCCCCAACAGCCCGCUUCCGCGCAGUGGACAUGCGUGGUGUCGAGGAGGGAAUACCGGAGGUGUAUAUCUGUUCGGAGGAGAGUUUUCGUCACCCAAGCAAGGCACCUUCUACCACUACAACGACUUCUGGCACCUGGAUCCUGCAACCAGAGAAUGGUCUCGUCUCGAGACCAAGGGCAAGGGUCCUCCGGCUAGAAGCGGCCACCGGAUGACUUACUACAAGAACUACAUUAUCUUGUUCGGCGGAUUUCAAGAUACGUCUCAGCAGACCAAGUAUUUGCAGGACUUGUGGAUAUAUGAUUGCCAGAAAUACACCUGGUUCAAUCCCACAUUGACCAUAGCCUCACAAAAGCCCGAUCCCCGCUCCUCCUUUUCUCUCUUGCCCCACGAAACUGGUGCUGUUCUGUACGGGGGAUAUUCUCGCGUCAAAGCAGCAGCCGGAGGUGCUGGCGGAAAACAGGUCAAGGGACAACCUCAGCGCAUGACGCUGCGGCCCAUGGUCCACCAAGACACCUGGUUUCUUCGCAUCACACCCGCCGCGGCGGAUGCACCUAUGUCCGUCGGGCCAACUGUGCGCUGGGAGCGGAGGAAGAAGCCCGCCAACACUCCGAAUCCCGCACGUGCAGGCUCUACCAUGGCUUACCACAAGGGGCGUGGGAUCAUGUUUGGUGGUGUCCAUGACGUGGAACUUACAGAGGAAGGCAUUGACAGCGAGUUCUUUGACACGCUGUUUGCAUGGAACACCGACCGGAAUCGUUUCUUUCCGUUGAGUUUGCGCCGUUCGCGGGCGCCAGGCAAGAAACAGCAAGCGAACCAGGCCAUGAAAUCUCGUAACCGCGGCAAGGCCGAUGAGGAGGAGCUCUUGAAGAAUUUGAAAGCUCUAGAGGCCAAGGGCGUGUUUGCGAAUGAUGAGGACGACGUGGAUGAGUCAAUGCAGCUGAAUACGCCCAAGGUUGAUGAGCCUGUCGAGCCUGCGAAGCCUGCUGUGAUCCGUUUCGAGAUGCCGCAUAGGCGGUUCAAUGCCCAGUUAGCAGUGCAAGAAGACACGCUCUUUAUCUUUGGUGGGACCUUUGAAAAAGGUGAUCGUGAAUUCACCUUUAAUGACAUGUACUCGAUCGAUCUGGUCAAGAUGGACGGUGUCAAAGAGAUUUUCUUCCGUGAGCCUGAGAACUGGGGUCUUAUGGAUGAAGAAGAUAGCGAUGAGGAAAUGGACGAGGACGAAGAAGAAGACGGCAUGGACGAGGAUGAGGAAGACGAUACUAUGUCUCUUGAUAUAUCGUCGCCCGCCCCAACAGAGGUGACAGUUCCUUCUGUUACUCAGGAAUUGGAACAGCUCGAGGUGGAAGAGCAAGACGCAGGCCCCGACGACAGCAGACCACUUCCUCGUCCCUUUGAAAAUCUGCGAGAGUUCUUCAGUCGCACUUCGGAAGAGUGGCAGAAGUUUUUGAUCGAGACGAUGAAGCAUAAGGGAGAUUCUGCUGAAAAGACAGUCAAGGAGCUCCGCAAGGCUGCGUUUGAUAUGGCGGAAGAGAAAUGGUGGGAUAGCCGUGAAGAGAUCACCGCGCUCGAGGAUGAGCAGGAGGCUGCCGGUAUUGGUGAAGUGGUCAGCAUGGCAGACCGAACAGAGAAUAUGGGAGGCGCCGGUCGUCGUCGGUGA